AUGCUGCGAAUCGCCGGGUUGCCGCUCCCGCGCGGCGAGGCGCGUCCCGGACGCGGCGAAGAAAGUCGCGGGGCCCUGGCGCUGCGAGCGGCACGGGGGGCGCGUGCCGUGCAACGUGGAGAGAACUGCGCGCGGCCAUCUAGCGCGAUUGCGUCCGUAGACGACCACCUGGGCCUGGCGGGCCCCCGUUGCGAUCGCCACGGGGCCCGCGGCUGCCAGGUGCCCAACUGCCAGCGCCCCGCCAGGCGCACCAUACGCAACGAGCGCGGCGCGAAGGAGCGGCGCUGCGGCGUCCACAGCGAAAGGCCGCGCUGCAACGUGGGGAGUUGCGGCAAGGCCGCCCUCAACCAGGUUUUCGUAGACGAUGACCACGGCUGCGAGGGGCCUCGUUGCGCUGAACACGGCGGCGGCUGCCAAGUGCCCGGCUGCAGACGCCAACACUGGGCCCGGACGAGGAACUCCGACGAGCACGGUGGGCCAGGCUGGCGGUGCUGGAAGCACAAGGGCCAUGUGUGCGCGGUGCCUGGCUGCGGCAAGCGCCCGGACCAGAGGUUGAAGGAGGCGGACCAGUACGGACCUCCUGGGAUCCGUUGCAAGCGGCACUGCCCAAAGAAGAGCGGACCGCCGCGACCUGCCGCCUCUUUGGCGCCUGAAGACGAGGGCCCCCGCCCGGGCCAGGCGCGCUGCAGCCGCAACGAUGGCAAGGGCUGGCGCUGCCGGCGCUCGGUCGAGGGCCCGGGCGCGUUUUGCGAGUACCACAGCCGCGAGUUCGUCCGCAAGCACCGCCUGAAGCGCCGCGUCGAGCGCGCGGGCCGCGCCGAGGGCCUUGAGCUGCUGCAAAGCUGCGAGGAGGAGGGCCUCACGGUGCAGGGCUUCCGAGCCCAGGCGUGCUACCACGCCUUCCAGUGCCUGCUACGGGCGCGCCAAGUGGAUGAGGCGCUGCCCUGGCUGCGGCAAGCGCGGCAACAGCUGCAGCUCAGCCGGGGGCCAGAGGACCCCGACGUGCGCACCUUGCGAGGCUACGAGGAGGACCCUCUGAGCCACCCAGCAGCCAGCGACGAGGGCGAUCAGUUCUCUGCCUUGGCCCUGCCGGCGGGGCUGGCGGCGGCUGCGGCAGCCUUGUACCUGCUCAAAGGUCAGUAG